AUGCACGAUGGGCCUUAUUAUCAUAUCACUGACCCCCUUACGUUAUCGUCUAUCGUAUACCAUGAAACUCUUCCAUCUGGAUCAGCAGCAGAAAGCAGUACGGAUACAAGUGGAGACUCUGGUCUAGACACAAGUGGAGACUCCAAUACGGAUACAAGUGGUCGUCAGUUAUUUGCUACUUCUUUAGUGUCAUGUAUGGAUAAUUCGCAAAUUGUGCCUCUUUACUUCGAUGUGGUGUUUGACCCUAACAAAAAAUCUAUCAAAUACGAUAUUUCUAUCACUACCGGUGUCUCUGGUUACAUUUACGCCAAGGUCAACGUUUUUGCCUUUGGUAUCGAUAUCAUCGAAGAAGACAUCAACUUUUGCAAUAUUGGCUGGAAACAGUUCUGUCCUGUUUACCCUGGAUCAAUGGAGAUCGAGUCCAUUCAGUAUCUUGAUUCAAAGUAUGUUGACAUGAUUCCUGGAAUCGCAUUCACUUUCCCUGAUUUGGACGCUACGGUUAGAAUAAUAUUGAUGGACUCUGAUGGCAACGAUGUUGGCUGUCUUCAAGCAUCUUUCUCCAAUGGUAAAACCGUGUCUCAUGUAGCUGCAAAGUGGGCAACUGCUGUGGUUGCUGGCAUUGGUCUUUUGGUGUCCAGUGUUCUUUCCUUGUUUGGAAAUUCUGCCUCUGCUUCACGUUUGUCUGCCAUGUCUGUUGCCAUGUUCACAUAUUUUCAAAGCGUCGUUAUCAUUUCUAUGCUCAAGGUUCAAGAAAUUCCUCCUAUUGCAGGUGCAUGGUCUGAGAAUUUGGCUUGGUCCAUGGGUCUUAUCGAGGUUCCUUUCAUGCAAAAGAUCUUCCGUUGGUUUGUUCAAGCUUCUGGUGGCACACCAGAUCAGUAUUUGACAUCUUCUAGUACUUCUGUUCUUACCCAAAGGUCUUUGGAGGUCGGUUUCGAGUCUAUCAAAACAGGAAUUCUUGGAUUCUUAUUUCCUCACCUUUUCGGAACAUCUUCAUCUUCCUCUUCGAACGUCAACUUGUUCGGCCGCUCUGACUCAAGUGCAAAUGGUACAUUAAUCAAUCAAGAUGAUGUCCAAGGUAGCCAUUACUUGAAAAUUUUAAGAGGUAUUCCGAGGGUUGGCUACAAGGCGGGAAUUGAACCUUCUUCUAUUGUCUGUACUGGUUUCACCUUCUUCUUCGUCUUCUUGUAUUUGCUUAUUGCUGUUUUUUUCAUAUUCAGACUUAUAAGCGUGAAUACCACCAAGAAGAGAUGGUUCAACAGAACUGUAGACGACGGGUAUUCUUGGAAACCUUUGUUAAAGGGCACUUUGUGCCGAUACAUUUAUAUCGGCUUUCCUCAGUUGGUGGUCCUUUCACUCUUUGAGUUUACAUUCAUUGAUUCUCCUGCAGUUGUCGUUAUUGCCGCGCUUCUUAUUAUUUUGGCAAUUGGUUCCAUGUCAUGGAGCUGUUACCGUGUGAUUAAAUGGGGUAACCUCUCCAUGAAACAACAUAAUAAUGCUGCUGCCAUCUUGUACGGCAAUUCGGACGUUUUGACCAGAUAUGGAUUUCUGUACACGAUGCUUGAUGCUUCAAGAUAUUGGUUCUGUGCUGUGAUUCUUCUCUACGGGUUUGUCAAGUAUCUUUUCGUGGCAUUGGUACAGGCAUCCGGAAAGACCCAAGCAAUGGCAUGCUUUAUCAUUGAUUUAGGCUACACUAUAUUCAUGGGAAUUACGAUGCCAUACCUUGAUAAACCGACUAACAUUAUGAGUAUUGUGACUAACGUGGUUGUGACAGUCAACUCAUUUCUUUUCACAUUCUUCUCAGGAUUGUACAAUGCACCACCGGCAGUUGCUUCCAUUAUGGGUCUUGUGUUUUUCAUCUUGAAUGCCGCUUUCAGUCUCUUGUUGUUACUUUACAUUCUAUUCUUUGCCGGAUUGGUGAUAUUUUCGAAGAACCCAGAUUCUAAAUUCUCUCCUGCUAAAGAUGAUAGAGCAUCUUUCAGAAAGAAGCACGAGUCAUUAUACAAUGGACCUGAUGGAGCACAGGAGUUAAUGGAUCUAGGGCAGGUGGCAAGAGGCCACGAUACCAACUGGGCCUCUGAAAUGUACAAGUUGAAGAAUAUAGUGGAUUCAUCGAAUUCAGGUUCCGAAAUCAAGGAUGAAAGUAACGAAAUGGCAGUUGAUGAUGAGGAUGGAAAUACGGCCACAAUAGGCCAAAAAAUUAAAGAUACCCUCACUCGUGGCAAGUCGCUACUUUCACGUAAAGGUACGUUGAAAAAGAAGAAUAACGCAGGAUUGGCUGUUGGUACCGCUGGUGCUGGAAGGGCGGUCAUGGACUCUAACAGUAAUAAGUCAAUCGGACAUGAUACCGUUGGUGAACUGGAACCGCCACGUCGUUUUAAAAGAUCGGGAUCAGGUCAUGUAUCGAUUCCUGGAAGCCAAAGUGAUCUGGAAACACAUCAUCAUAUGAUUAGUAUUGAUGGCAGCGCCUCUGUGGAUACAAGUUUGUAUGCAAACGAGGCCACACAGCCGGCAAACAUCUAUAAAAAUGAUGGUCCAAGUUAUAACUAUCUGUGA